AUGCUUUUUGUGUCAAAAAAUUCUAAACAUAUUUUUAAGCGUAUAAUCAACAAAAUUUUAAAUGGUUUAGAUUUCGUUAAAGUAUAUUUAGAAGAAAUCUUAAUACAUAAUGAAAAUAUAGACAAUUAUAUUCAACAUUAUAAAAUUGUACUUGAAAGACUGAAAACCAGAAUUUCGAAAUAA